CAUCCUUGUACGCUGUGGUUGAGUUGGCAGUCGUGACACCUAUUGGUCAUUUGUUGAACUGCGGAUGCUCACCUCAGCGACGUCAUGGAGCACAGCGCCGCCCUUUACUCUGGUUGAAAUUACAAUCGGCCGAGGAUUUGCCGGAAUGAACAAGACCCAUUUGGCUCUCUCGCCCCCACAAGACAGGCUGCAAUAGAUACGAGUAAAUCCUCCGGGGACGUGGAUCCUGGCGGUAAAGAUUUUUUGGGACACCUUGUACGACAUUUCACUCGUCAAAACACUAGACGCGCCGGUUGAAACUGACGCCCUUUCAAUGUGGCCGACGUAAUGCUUCACCUCCCAUCAGCUUGCUGGCAAUUAGCUGGUCAAUAGCCAGCUAACUUUAGCCUCGCCAGGGCCCGAAAUCUGCUGCUUUUUCCCCCACUUUGUGACUGUUCAAGGAGCAGCAUGGACUUUCCGAGCCACUUUGAGCAGAUCUUCCAGCAGCUCAACUAUCAGAGGCUGCACGGUCAGCUGUGUGAUUGUGUCAUUGUGGUGGGUAGUCGACACUUCAAGGCACAUCGCUCUGUGCUGGCGGCCUGCAGCACCCACUUUAGAGCGUUGUUCACCGUUGCAGAGGGAGAUGCCAGCAUGAAUAUGAUCCAGCUGGACAGUGAGGUGGUGACAGCGGAGGCAUUCGCUUCCCUAGUGGAUAUGAUGUACACAUCCACCCUAAUGUUGGGAGAGAGCAACGUGAUGGACAUUCUGCUCGCCGCCUCCCAUCUGCACCUCAACAAUGUGGUCAAAGCCUGCAAACACUACCUUACCACACGAACUCUGCCCAUGUCCCCCUCGUGUGACAGACCCCCACCUCACCACCAACAGGAACAGCAAAGGCACAGGCAGCAGGUACCAGACUUGGUGAACCCUACCUUAGACACCAAUGCUAACCUUGACACAAAUUCCGCCACCUCAAAGUUGCAGCGCUCUUUCUUGCUGCAGCAGCUCGGCCUCAGCUUGGUAAGUUCUGCUUUAGGGGAGAUGGAGGAUGGCAGAGUGGUGGAACAAAGAGCCUCGUUCCCUGGACGACGCUUCCACAAGCGCAAAGCCUCCCCAGGCCUAUCAGAGGAAAGGCCCAGACAGAGGCAGCGCCCCUCUGCCCCGAACUUAGGGUUACUUUCGGAAGAGGGCAUGAGCACAGACCGAGAAGAAGGAGCGCUUCUUUCGCCAGAUUCCCACAAGAUGGGGGAUGACGCCAAACUGGAUGCAGGGAUGCUCUGUGCCCCACAGGAUGAUCCUCAGAUGCCGAGCCAGUCAGAUAGUGGGCGGUGUGAGGGGAACGACAUGGGGAUAAUGCAGGGUGGGGUGGGCAAGGAGGAGGAUAUGGAGGAUGGAGACCACCCAAUCAACAAACUGAAGAUCAAAUCAGGAAGUGAGGAGGAGGAGGGGGCAGAAGAACCAGAACAAAAGGUGCUGGUCAAACAAGAGCCACUGAGCUCACCCGAGCCCGCAGAUGAAAUUAGUGAUGUGACAUCCCAGGCGGAAGGCAGUGAUCCGGCCGAGCCAGCGAGCCAGGAGGAAGAGGAAAAGGUGAAGCUGAGUCCCGAGAGCAGUGACCGCAGCUUCACCUCAGAACCACAGCCCAGCUCUAGUUCGCUGAUGCAGUCAGGCUCCCAGCUUCUCCUCAAGAGCAGCCUGGGAGGAGGCAGGGGUGGAUUUGGGUGUAGUAACACGCUGAACAGCAAACCAGAUUUCAGUAUCUCUAGUUUCCUUGGCCCAAAGAAUUUUGCGGGUGGUGGUGCUAGUUUGAUCGUUGGAGAGGAUGACCUUCCCAACACCACCACUGGUGAGGCUGUUGCUCAUAACUACCUGUUGAGGCAGGAAGCUUCUGGACCAUCCGCUCCUGCCCCGUCCACUUUGCUACAGUCCAGUGCACUCAGCAGUGGAGGUUGUACCCGUUUUGGAAACAACUUACAGGCCGAUUCCCUCUUCCUUCGUCCCCUUCAUGACGGUUAUGGGAACCCAAGAGGAACUGGGGGGAGUGAAGGGCAUGGAGGGAUUGAUCCAUUUGGUUUGGUCUUCCAGCGCUCCAGCCUGGGGCUACACUCCCUGGGGCGACCCCCACGAGGUGCUAGUGGAGCCACCCCCACCGUUCUGGGUUACCCCGGAUAUCGGCGCAUCGCCCCAAAGAUGACAAACAACAUGGGGAGGGGAGAGGGCAGUGCACUCCAGGAUCCCGCCUCUUCCUCGUCCAGCCUGGCGAGCCCCAUUCUCCUUAAUGAGACUUCUGGCUACGACAUGGCUAGCGGCAGGCCCACCUCCCUCCCGCCUCAACUGACGCGCGCCUCGGCAGACGUGCUGUCCAAGUGCAAGAAGGCUUUGUCGGAGCACAACGUCUUGGUGGUAGAGGGCGCUCGCAAAUAUGCAUGUAAGAUCUGCUGUAAAACCUUCCUGACGCUGACCGACUGCAAGAAACACAUCCGAGUGCACACGGGAGAGAAACCUUACGCGUGCCUCAAGUGCGGCAAGCGUUUCAGCCAAUCGUCACACCUCUACAAGCAUUCAAAGACCACCUGUCUUCGCUGGCAGAACACCAAUAUGUCCAAUGCUCUACUCUAGAGCUCUUGUUGGUCCCAAGAAGGAUGCUU